AUGUCGUAUCGCAGGCGUUUCUCCGCCAAGAUGCCGGAUUUCGACGACGACGUUACCGUCGUCGAUGUGUACGACUUGGCAUCGGACAUUGGCAAGGAAUGCGAAAUAAUUAUUGAAAAAUACGGACCUGACGCAGUUACAGCGUUGUUGCCUAAAGUGAUAAAUGCUCUGGAGCUUUUGGAGAACCUUGCGGUGCGGAAUGAGAAAGAAAACCAGGCGUUGCAGGAGCUGUCAGCAAAAAUUGCCCAACUGGAGAAUGACAAAAUUGAGAAGGCCGAGUACAGGCAACGCUUCGAAAAGGAAAUAGAGGCUAUCGAGGAGCAAUGGAGGACAGAGUCUGCGGAGUUGGUGACAGCGGUUGGGCGGCUCCAAGAUGAGAAUAAACGACUGAGGCGUACCAUCAAUGCUCCCGCGGACGGAACUAGCGCUCCUCCUUCACCAGCCAGGGAACACGACCAGGAGGUGCUCUCGAGGCUCAGCAGCACCGCGGAGAAGCAACGAGCCACACUGCGCCACCAGGAGCUGCAGCUGCAGGAGAAGCAACAGGUCAUAGACGGGUUGACCAACCAGGUGGAGAAGUUGGCCCAAGUCAGUCGGGACCUCAGGCGCAAACACAAGCAACUACAAAAUCAGAUGCGUCUAGUAUGCGAAGAGCGUUCCGAAUUGACGGCCAUAGUGCAAGCACAGCAACGGGACAUCACCGCGCUACAGCAAGUAAAUGCGCAAGACAAGAAAUGCGCAGCGUGCGGCGCGGCCACGCCCGAAGGCGGCGACGACGAGGACCAAUCGUCGAAGCCCACGUUCAGCGUGCGAGAACUGCGCGCCAUACUGCACGAAAGGAACGAGCUCAAACUGAAGCUGAACCGCGCCGAGGAACAACUGCAGGCGUUGCAAGUGGAGCCGCAACCAGAUAGCAGUUCCGACACAUCGCCUUCCAUGAGUACCGUAGCAGCGGAAGAGGAAGAGGCGCCCGUACAAGGCCCUCUGCCGGCUGAACCCGACGACGCGCCCUGGAAGAGGAACAGUGGAAUCAGGAAGUUUUUUCGCAAGCUCUUUGCUGAAUCUGAUAUCGCCGUGGGCUCGUUCCCGCGCCGUUCGUUUUCCACGCUCGCGCACAAGAUGUCCGCGCCCAGUGGCGCCCCCACCGCCCCCGCGCAGGAACUGCUCAACGUCAACUCGGAAUACGACACGUGGCUAGGCAAGUACGAAGCCGAAGACAGUCAAGACAAAGGUAGGUACAACUACGAAAUUCCAUUACGCAGGUCGGUCUCCCUGGAUGGAGGUAAAGAUUUAUUUGAGACUUUACACGCGGUCGGUUCCGAUUGGUCCGAAAGUAGUGACGGGUCCGCGUGGACUCUGUAUUCGGAAGUUCCCCAAAAUCGUAUAGUGGAACAGUACAGGAGUUUCGAAGACAUCCCCGUUUCUCAGAUUAGAGUGAAAAACAGGCAUGUCUCGACAGAAUUUGACACCGCUUCGGAAAGUGAUGUGAAUUGGUCGAUACUAAACGACGGCUACAGAGACAUAAAUAUGGGCAGUGGGAGUCUAUCUUCGCCAGUUAAGAAACUGAAAUGGAACUUAUCGCUUACCAACUUCGAUAGUUACAAAGAGUCUUAUGACUAUGAUAGCGAUUAUACCGAAGAUGAGACACGGGAGACGAGGGCACCUUAUUUCAGAAGUAAUUCCAUGGAAUCGAGUAGAUCUACCAACAGUCUAUCCUCCUUUGCCGAGACUAGUAAAGAUGUAGUUGAUGCUAGACAACCGCUCGCUAAAAAGUUGACACACGCACCGUCUAAAAACUCCUUAGAUGAACUAAAAAAAUUAAAUGUGAGCUCACAAAAAUUGGCAAUUAAACACAGAGCUUAUUAUAGAAGCAAAUCAACACAACCUGAUAAAACAGUCUCGUUUUAUAAUUUUUCCGGUGGCACUGAUGAAAGAGGUAGUCUACCGACAUUAACAGGACACGACGGAAAAGAUAAAACGAUUGACAGUAUGCAAUCUAGAACAAUAGGAAGGUUUAAAGCAAGAAGUAUCGGAAACAUCAGACAACCUUUACACAGGAGCAUAUCAACGGAGUCGAGGAACCUUAACGAAUGUGAACAAGAGAGAUCGUUACCCAAGUUAGGAUUGCCAAGAAACAUGUCUUUCCAGGGAAUCAGAAAAUUGGGUACCAAUUUGAGGAAAGAAGUGUUGAAACAAAGUUUGGGUAACUACCACAGCUGCGAAGACAUUGCCAUGAGAGCUAGCAGAAAAACAUAUCAUAGUUUGAGCGAAUCAGACUCUUAUUCAGCCCCUGAUUUCAAAAGCUUCAGAGAUAGUUACAAGGGAAAAUAUGAAGCCCAGAAUAUAAAAUCCAAUGAAGCCGAAUAUAUAGAGUCUAGUACCUUUCCUAACGAGUCGGUGUCGGCAAUCGUUGUAACAUACGAGGAUUCCUCAGAGGAAAGUGUUGCCAAAAACUUGGACGGCGAUCUAACCGUUACUUCCAAUUUAGUAGAUGUAAGUAGUAAUUGUGGAUGUCAAGUUUGUAUGGAAGAGGAGAGAUUCCAGAGAGAGAAGACGCCAAUGCGCGAAAUUUUGCGCAGAGUAUUCGUAAAGAUAGUGUCUUAUAGAGACUACAGUAGAAAGUUGACAUAUUGGGAUGAGAAUAAUAAUCUCGAGAACGACGAAAUGUACGUCAGUGUUGUUCAUGUUCUGAAGUUAUUGUUCGGCCUUUGGCUCAGGCAUUUAGAUCACAACUAA